AUGGAGAUUCUCAAGAGUAAUCCUGGAUCAACAGCAAGAAUUGAUGUGAAGCCUAUCCCUCAGUCCCUUCCUGUCUUUGAUAAGAUAUAUAUCUGCUUCGAGGGCUGCAAGCAAGGCUUCAAGAGUGGAUGUAGGCCUUUCAUCCAUCUAGAUGGGGCCUUUCUUAAGACAUACCAUGGAUGCCAGUUACUGUCAGCAGUGGCACAGGAUGCCAACAAUCAGUUCUACGUUGUGGCAUUUGCUGUUGCAAGAUCUGAGACGAAGGAGUCAUGGAAAUGGUUCUUGACACUACUUCAGGAAGACCUGGGUGAUGCCUCCCAAUUCAGUUGGAACUUUAUGUCUGACCAGCAAAAGGGCCUGCUACUAGCAUUAAAAGAGGUAAUGCCCAGGGCGCAUCAUAGAAACUGCGUAAUGCAUAUAUGGAAGAACUUUAUUAAUCGGUUCAAAGACAUGUACAUUAGAGACAUUGUGUGGGAGUGUGCUAGGUGUACAACUGAACCAGAAUUCAAGGAGAAAAUGGAUAGGCUGAAGGGGGUUAACAAUGCGGCAUGGGAAUAUUUGAUGAAAUUUGAACCUACCACCUGGGUUAAAGCCUAUUUUAGUCAUGGACCCAAGGUGGAUAACCUGACUAAUAAUAUGUGUGAAGUGUUCAAUGCAAAGGUAGUAAAAUACAGAGUAAAACCUGUUUUGACAAUGUGUGAGGAGAUUAGGUGCUACUUAAUGAGAAGGAUGACCAAGCACAUUAGAUUGUUAGAACAUCAUAGUGGUAAGUUAGCACCAGUUCAAGAGAAAAGGUUGCAGAUGAAGAUAAAACCAAGCAGUAGGUGGAUAGCUGAGUGGGUGGGGGACAAUGAAAGAAAGAGGUUUGAGGUAACCAGAAAGAAGACGAAAGUGAAUGUGGAUCUAAUCAAGCACACCUGUUCAUGCAACACAUGGCAAUUGACUGGCAUGCCGUGCAUACAUGCUAUUGCUGCUAUCAGAAAGAGGCAUGACCAGGUUCAGGAUUACCUGAGGCCUGCCCUGCCACCUAUCAAACGGUCUAUUGGGCAGCCAAAGGUGCACAACCGCAACAAGGACCCUGCUGAGGCUCAUAUUCAAGGAGAAAAGAUGAAAAGAAGCUUCCAGGUUACAUGUAGCAAGUGCAACGAGAAAGGGCAUAAUUAUAAAACUUGUAAAGGAGCUCCAAGCAACCCCAACUGGAAACCAAAGAAGAAAAAACCCAAGAAGACAGUUGACAACUCACAAGCUAUGGUGCUGUUUCCCCUUUCACAAUCAGCCCCUCAACCAGAGGAUCAAAAUCAAUCACAGGGUGAAACAUUGGGUGAACCUAGUGCUGGGGAGGCAGCUGAGUCUGCACCAGUUCCUACACCAUUUAUGGCCCAAUCUUCAGCUCCAGCACAAACUCCAUUCAGACCUCCAUCCCAACUGCCAAGAAUGGACCAACCAGACUCCAAUGCUGCUGCACAUACUUUCAGACCCAAGCAACCAAUUGUUCGACCACCAACAAGUGUAAAUCCACCACCAAAUCCAACACCACACACACAAAAAACUCCAACUAGCAGGGGACCCUCGAAGGAGACCAUGAAAGCGGCUACCAGUGCCACAAAGAGAAUUCUCAAGCCUCAGAAGAAGUGA